UCUGAUGCCGACUGGAUGCCGACUGGAGGAUUUCCAGCAACAGCCUGAGUCUGUGCUGCCUUACCUUUCUCCUCUCUUCUUUUUCUAUCCUCCCUCCUCCAUCUUUCCUCAUCCUCUUCUAUAACAUCUGCAGCUUUUCCUCCUCAGCCCGUCUCUUUUCUUCCAGCAUCCCGGCACCAGGAUGUGGCACUCGGUGGCUCUCCUCCUUUCUGGAUUCUCCGCUUUGAUUCCCGCGUCUCUGCAGGGUCCUCACCAGAGAAACCUGCUGAAGAAUCUGCUGAAGGAUUACAACCGGAUGGAGCGGCCGGUGGGCAACGACUCCCACGCCCUCACCGUCCACUUCACCCUCAGUUUGAUCCAGAUCAUGGACGUGGAUGAGAAGAACCAGGUGUUAACCUCUAAUAUGUGGUUACAGAUGACGUGGUUCGACCACUACCUGCAGUGGAACCAGACGGAACAUCCCGGGGUGAAAAACCUGCGAUUCACCAUCGAUCAGAUCUGGACGCCGGACAUCCUGCUCUACAACAGCGCAGAUGACGACUUUGACUCCACCUUUAAGACCAAUGUCCUGGUAAACUCCAGCGGGUACGCCAAGUAUCUGCCGCCAGGAAUCUUUAUGAGCACGUGCAAUGUGGAUGUUCGUUGGUUUCCUUUCGACAUCCAGAAAUGCGAGCUGAAAUUUGGCUCCUGGACGUACGACGGCUGGCUAAUGGACCUGCAGAUGACCGACGCUGACGUCUCCGCCUACAUGCCCAACGGGGAGUGGGACCUCGUCGGUGUCCCUGGCACCAGAAACGAGGUCUUCUACGAAUGCUGCAAGGAGCCCUACACGGAUGUGACAUUUGUUAUUACAAUCCGGCGGCGGACGCUCUACUACGCUCUGAACCUGCUCAUCCCCUGCGUGCUGCUGUCGUCUAUGACCCUGCUGAUCUUUGUGCUGCCGGCCGACUCCGGGGAGAAGAUCUCACUGGGGAUCACCGUGUUGCUGUCUCUCACUGUUUUCAUGUUGCUGGUUGCAGAAAUCAUGCCUGCCACGUCGGACUCUGUCCCUCUCAUAGGUCAGUACUUUGCCAGUAUAAUGAUCAUCGUCGGGAUGUCAGUCAUCGCCACCGUGGUGGUUCUGCAGUAUCAUCACCACGAUCCCAAUGGAGGAAACAUGCCAAAAUGGGUGCAGCUGGUGCUGCUGCAGUGGGUCGCUUGGUUCUUGCGAAUGAAGCGUCCGGGGGAGAGCGACGACCCGGAGCGGCCGCCCUGCGCCCCCCACCUGCGUCGCUGCUCCUCGGGCUCGCAGAGCGGGAGCAUCCCCAACCCCCCGGACCCCGGCCUGCACCUGCUGCACCCGCAGAACCUGGGGCCCCUCCAGACGGGGCCCCUGCACGCCGGGCACCCCCACCUGCACGGCCAGGCCUCCACCAACAACAAUGGGAACCUCCUCUACAUGGGAUUCCAGAGCAUUGAGGAGUCGUCGGUGCUGUCAGAGCCCGUCCAGAGGAACAACCUGACCCCGGGACCUCCGCGGGGGGCGGGGAGCCCUCCCCCCCACCUGCCCUCGCAGUUCUGCGCCUCCCCGCCGCCUCCCAUGGACACCGUAGGCUGUCCCAGCACCGUUUCUAGCGGCGGGGGGUUCGGAGGGGGACCUGGAGGCCUGGGCGGGUGCUCCACCGCAGGGAUGGGCGACCCCCAGCUGCAGGCCAUCCUGGAGGAGGUGCGCUACAUGGCGGAUCGUUUCCGGGAGCAGGAUGAGACCGAAAGCGCCGCCGACCAGUGGAAAUUCGCCGGCGCCGUCAUCGACCGCCUUUGUCUGGUGGCGUUUAGCGUGUUUAACAUCAUCUGCACCAUCUCAAUCCUCAUGUCCGCCCCCAACUUUGUGGAAGCUAUUUCAAAGGACUUUGUUUGAAUGCAAAGGACAGAGUAAAGUGGAGGAGGUGACGCAUGAAGGAACAUUUGGAGGGAGUUAUAUAUAAAAUAAAGGAUGGAAUGGGGCCCCAACCCCAAGGAAACACAAUUUCCAGCUAACUGCAGGCUCUGUGAUUUGUGAUUGCAGGGACCUGGAAAAAAAAACAAAAGAAAACCAAAAAAAAAGGAAUGGUUUUCCUUGCGACACAUUGUGUUUUGUAACUGAAAUGAAAAGAAAACAGAGGAAGGAGGGAAUACUGAGCGAAGUUAAAAUGUAUUUAGGGUGCACAGGGUGCUUUAUCAGAUUCUUGACAAAGUGAAAUUGAUUUUUGUGGCUAAAAACAAAGACUUUCCUCAAAAUUAUAGGCAAGGAUGAGUCAGUCGUGACGGGGUACAGAAACAGAGGGAUCAGUCCAACAGCCGGGAGUCAGAAUGAGGCUGAACCGAGGGAGAGACUGAGAGCACAAGAGGAGAAAAAGAGACAGUCAGAUGGACAGGGACAGAUAAAGGAGACGGAUUUGUGACAGUUUUAUUUUCUCAUGGAGGUAAGUUUGCCUUCCACUCCCACGUGUGGAGAAAAUACUGCAUCAUUCAAAGUGAUGGGAGGACAAUGGAAAGAGAAAAUAGAGCUUUAAAAGGACUCAAAAAAAAAACCCCAGACCAGAAGGAUCUGGCGCUUCAUCUUCAUCGAAAAGUGGACCAAACCGUAGGAAUGCAAUAGCACAUAUGGAACAGAGGAGAAUCUCAUAUUCAAUCACCUCCAACUAAUGACCGUCAAACUGAAAGACCUUGGAUAAUCUUCAAGAUUAAUAAGCUUUAAAAAGAUUAAGUCCCCUUUCCUGCUUGUGAGUCCCUUUAAAUUUCCAUGGCCUUAUCUUUAUGAGAGCAUAACUAAUCAGCAAAGAUCAGAAGCUCCCGGCAUCCCGGCAUCAGCAGCAGCCGGCACCGAGCGCUGCUGAUCCUGAACGGUGAAAGCUAAAUUCUCCCGUCGUCAACAAUGCAGCGGCCGGGCGGCCACCGCGCCGCAGGCCGAUGAAAAUUCAUGGAGUCUUUUACCUAAGUGUAUCUGGCAGGUCAUAAUGGACUCACGGAACUCAUCGAAUUUCAUAUUAAAGGUUUAAUAACCCAGAUGGGAGGUCAGGACUUUAAAAAGAACAUAGGAGGCAGAAGAAAAGGAGGAGAAAUUAUUCAAAAAUCCCAAAACUGACAUGGAGAAGCAUCAUCCCAUUAAAUUUCUCUCAGAUCCCUUAAGUGGUUUAUAGCUUCACGAGUGAACUCCAUAGAAGGGCUAUGACUUUAAUUCAGAUAUAUUUUCAUGACUUUGACUCAGAAGCUGCAUAAAGGUAAUUGGAGGGCUCGUAUUUACACGACGACCUUUGGUGAGGUCAUCUACGGAAAAUCAGGAACAAAGACACAAAAUGUAUCAGGCAGCAAAAUAUAACGUGCAUCUUUGUUAGCGGUUUGAGGUACGCUGAAUGCAAGUUUAGCUUAGGCUUAAAGCAGCACUAUGUAACUUUCCAGCUUAAUCUAAUAUUUCAUCAUCAUCAUCAUUGUGAUGGAACAUCAACUUCCAACAGGUUUAAUGAACCUCUGUCAUGGUCUGAGGGGUCUGUAUCUCCUUCACUGGCACUAUGUAACUUUGAGGAGCAUGGUAGGAACCCUGCCACACUAAAAAACUACACAUUUUAACGGCUUUGCGGCUUUACGGCAUACGUCACUUCCCCCUCCUUCCCCAUUCGUAGUCCAGACCAAAGCUGGGCGGGGCGUGGAGCGCAGAGCUCAGCAGAAGCUGGUGUCAUGGCCGACGCAGCGGAAAAACCCAAGAAAAUAAAAGUUUUAUCGGAGGAGGCGAAAAAAGAAAG